AUGUCUGGAAUUGUAAUACUAUUACUGGUAUCGGUGGGAACGGCAGAUGUCACCGAUGAUUCCUCUUCAGAGCAAUUGAUAGAGUUUAAACAGAAAACGCAGGGACCGAUUGGUAUACUAACAACAAGUUCCGGCAUGCCGGUCGAAUAUAAAAAAACAACAAAUACUUUGAAGUCUAAUUUACUCUUCAACCACUACUUUAUGGAGUCUUUAACACAUUUUUCGCGGGAGCGGAUACCAGAACGAGUGGUACAUGCUGUGGGUAGUGGCGCUUUGGGUUAUUUUGAAGUAACUAAUGAUAUAACACAUAUAUGCAAAGCAAAACUCUUUAACAACAUUGGUAAAAGAACUCCAAUAACUGUCAGAUUUUCACUUGUUAAUUUUAACUUGGGCGGAGCAGAAACGUCGCGUGAUAUAAGAGGUUUUGGUGUAAGGUUUUAUACAGAGGAUGGUAAUUUUGACAUCGUUGGAUUAAACUCGCCAGUGUUUUCUUUAAAAGAUCCAGUUUUCUUUACAAGUUUUAUUCGAGUACAGAGACGAAACCCAGAAACCAACAUGCGGGACUCAAACAUGAUAUGGGAUUUCAUAACACUUAGACCGGAAACUUUCCACUUAUUUAUGGUUUCAUUCAGUGACCUAGGUAUCCCGGACGGGUAUAGAUAUAUGCCAGGUUAUGGAAUUCAUGCCUUCGAAGUUGUUAAUGAGGACGGUAAAAAACAUUUUGUCAAAUUUAAUUUCAUUCCUGAUGGGGGCAUAAAGAACCUAUCGACAGAAAAGGCGCAGAAGAUCGCGGGAAAGGAUCCUGAUUAUGCAAAUAGGGAUUUGUAUAAUGCUAUUGCACGUGGUAACUUUCCCAGUUGGACACUCGCCGUGCAGAUAAUUUCUGUAGAAGACGUGAAACGAUCCAACAUUGACAUGUUCGAUGUGACAAGAUUGUGGCCUAUAAGCAAAUACCCAUUACAUACUGUGGGAAAAAUUGUGUUAAACGAAAACCCAACUAAUUACUUCGCUCAAGUUGAACAAUUAGCUCUUAAUCCAGCACAUCUUGUACCUGGUAUUAAUGGAGGCCCUGAUAAAAUAUUUGAAGCCAGACUUCUUUCUUACAGAGAUGCACAAUACUACAGAUUAGGAGCAAAUUUCAAUAAAAUUCCUGUGAAUUGUCCUAUUAUAAGUCAAACCUAUAAUAGAGACGGUAGAGCUCCAGUCAAUAGAAAUGGUAAAAAUAGCCCUAAUUAUUAUCCAAAUUCAUUCAAUGGAGCAAUUGCGUAUUUGGACAAUACUGAGACGGAUAUAUCGAGCGUAUGUCAAGAUGAUGUUCCUCGUAAUACAGAUCAAAUAAGGAACAUGUAUGUAGAUGAAAUGAAUGAAGAUGAACGAGUUCGAUUGGUUGAAAAUAUCGUAGACAGUCUCGGCCGGGCAGCAUUAUUUUUGCAAGAGAGAGCUGUAAAAUUGUUUACAUCAAUACACCCUGAUUUUGGCGAUAGAGUUCUUCAUGGAUUGCAAGAGUUAAACAAAACAAAACUUUAUUGGGAUGACAUUUAA